AUGUUUUCACCUGAAAUCAUCCAAUCCAAAGGACCUGGAAAAUUAGCAGAUUGGUGGGCAUUUGGAGUGGUAUUACAUGAAAUGUUAUCAGGCUUUCCACCCUUGUUUUUUGAUGGAUCAGUACUGUUUCCAAUUCAUGAAAAGAUUCUAAGUGGUGAAUUAGGAUUUCUGAAUCAUAUCAAUCCAUUAGCACAAGAUUUGACUAGUUGA